AUGAGACAGGUCGAUCCGGGAGACUUGCCAGGCCCAAGACAAACCCGUUCUGGAAAAAUUGGUCACGAGUCACUUUACCCGUUCAUCUCGGCCAAUCCAAUCCGGUUUUCCUUGGCCAGGCCUCUUCCGGCCACCUGGUCCGACCGACUCCAACCCCGCGAUGUUGGAACGUCAUCCACCUCGACGUUCCGUCGUUCGAGCCGUGAAGCCAACCGCGCAGCCAACGACGCAGCCAACGACGCAGCCAACGACGCAGCCAAUCACGCAGACAAGCAUGCCAUCCCUGCCGUGACAGCCCUGUCGCUCUCCUGCCGACGGAAGUACGGCCCUGCGGAGUCCGGACCCCGGCGUACUGGGCAGGGCAUUGAACGCACGACGGACGCAUUGAGAUCCCAGCCUAGACCUCAGGGACGCCGCCUGAUCUGA